AUGCCACAAAUAAGAAAUUUAUCACCUAUAUGGCAAAAUGAUAAUGAUGUAUCAGAAUGUUUUUUAUGUCAGAUAACAUUUAAUUUUUUUAAUAGAAGACAUCAUUGUAGAAAAUGUGGUAGAGUUGUUUGUGGAGAUUGUUCAAAUAAUAAAAUUCAUUAUCUUGAUAAUACUCCAAUAGUAUUAAAUCCUGAAGAUUCCAGUCAUAAUCAUCGUCAUCAUAAUAGAACUCAAUAUUCAAAUUCAAAUGAACUAUAUAGAACUUGUGAUGAAUGUACAAGAGAAAUCGAUAUGAUAAGAAGAGUAAUAUAUAAUGAUCCAAAUCCAGAUAUAAUAAAUGAACAAAACAAUGACAAUAACAAUGAUUCUAAUCAAAUUAAACAUAAUAAUAGUUCUGGAGAAAUUACUAGACAAUUACCAUGUUCAUCAUCAACUACUUCAUUAACAAGACGACAAAACAAUAAUAAUAAUGAUAAUUCAAGUGAUACAAAUCUAUGUCCAAUAUGUGCAAUAAAUUUAUUAAAAUCCUAUAUUGAAAUAAAUAAAACCAUCGACCAAAUAUCAAAUGAAGAAUUUGAAAAAUUUAAAGAAUUACAUAUAAAUGAAUGUUUAAAUUUAUUUAAUUUUAAUACUGAUAAUUCAAAUAGAUUUUCACCAGAUUCAAAUCCAAAAAAUAAAAUGUUAGUUUAUAAUGUUCCUCCUAUACCAAAACCUACAUAUGAAACUAUUGAUGAAACUAUUGAUUCAACUAUAGAUAGUAAUAAUAGUACAUUAAAAAUUAAUGAAGAUGAAGAAGAUUUAAAAUUAAUUGAAAAAUUUGAUGAAUGUGUAAUAUGUUUAGAAGAUUUAAAACCUGGUGAUAAAGUUGGAAGAUUAGAAUGUUUAUGUGUUUUUCAUUAUAAAUGUAUUAAGGAUUGGUUUAAUAAAAAGGGAUAUGGAGAAUGUCCUGUUCAUUUCUUACAUAAAUAA